AAUGUGAAAGCCCUUCAUACUGCUCGACCCAUUUCCCCUAUACAAAGCAUUCACAAAGUGAACAAAGCGACUCACAUAUCAGAAUGGGAAGAACUCCAUUCUGCAGUUCAGAUGGUUUGAAGAAAGGAGCCUGGACUGCUGAAGAAGACCAAAAGCUCAUUUCUUACAUUCAAAAACAUGGCGAAGGUGGCUGGCGUUUCCUCCCCCAAAAAGCUGGUAAAUCUUUAGGUUUCCUUCUUAUAUGGGCAUUGUUUUAUUUUUUACUUUUAUGUCCAUGUUCGAAUUUCGGUUUUGCAGGUCUUCAAAGAUGUGGGAAGAGCUGUAGAUUGAGAUGGGCUAAUUAUCUAAGACCUGGAAUUAAGAGAGGAGAUUUCACUCCUGAGGAAGAUAAAACCAUUAUUAAACUUCAAGCUGAAUUAGGCAACAGGUGGGCAGCAAUAGCCAGGCACUUGCCAAAUAGAACAGAUAACGAAAUCAAGAACUACUGGAACGCUCAUCUAAAGAAACGCUUAGCUAACAUGGGUGCAGAUCAGGUGACGGUCAGCGGCGCCGCCUCAUCCAGCGGAAACUCCGAUAGUAAUGCUGUCACCGACACCGAAUGUGCCAAACCACAACAAUCUGAACCCACAAAGCAACGCUCAGCUUCAGCACUGCUACUCAAUAAGUUGGCCACUAGGGUCACUCAAUGUGUUGGCCGUCUGCGAGCUUCUCAAACUCUGCAGCAACCAACAAUGCCAUUCAACGGUGGUGCCGAAAGUUCCGAUAUAUUUUGCCACCCUUUGCCGAGUUCUACACCAGAAAGUACGUCUUGGGCAGAUAAUAAUAAUAUCAGUAAUUCGCUGACAAUACCAGAAUGUGGUACUACAAACGCCAUUGAUGAACGUGAUAGCAGUUCUUCUGCUGGAGUUUUAAACGACAUUGUGGCCUCCGAGUUCGCUUCACCGACUUGCGUUGACGAACUCAGUGACUGGGUAAACACCAACUACAGCAUCGAACCAGAGCAAGUGCAAAUUGAUUACAGUGAUUCCAUGACUGUUGGUUAUGGUGGACUUUGGGACGACGACGUAAUUGUUGUCGAUGACGAUGAUUAUACAGUGGGAUCUCUGGGGUUUUUAUAAUAACUCUACUCCAUUUAGAUCAUGUUUCUGCAUUUUAUGCAAGUAUUUGCAGAGCUUUACUAU